GCAGUGGCGUUCGGCGAGCAUGUUAUUUAAAACAGGACACCAAUAUGGCAGAGGCACCGAGCAGCUCCACUGUGCUCUGUGAGGAUCCACCCUCUGUUCCCUGAGCGUGCACCGUUCUGUCUCAACUCUAGCUCCGGCUGUUUGUUUUUGUUGCUGGUCCAGCCUGUGGAGCCUCACAUGUCGCUCCCAGUGGUGCUACCGGGCUCUUGCUGUCCGGUUACCGGGGCUUCGCAGCUCGCAGAGACGUCUUACCGAAACCGACCCCGCGGCUUGUCCGCUUCUUCCCGGAUCGCCGGCGGUGGCUCUCGGUUGCUGCUACCCGGGCGGCCGCUGCUCUCGCUGGGUUUGUUGCAGCUGCUGCUCGGCGGCUCCAUGGUGGCGCUGUCAUUUGGAGCUCUGUCCCUCAGCAACUCUCCCCCUGUCCGAAACUCCUGUCCCUUCUGGGCAGGCUCCUCGGUCAUUCUGUCGGGUAUUGUAGGGCUCACUACAUGGAGAAGACCUAUGCUGCUACUGGUCAAUGUGUUUGUCCUGCUGUCUGUGGUGUGUGUGCUCCUUAAUCUGGCUGGAUUCAUCCUGUGCUGCCAGGGAGCCCAGCUGGUUUCCAGUAUGACCAGCUGCCAACUGAGUGAAGUGGGAGAUGUGUGUUAUUGCUGCUCUCUCUCGCCCAGCUCCAAGUGUCCAGAGGAGAAGCUCCUGGAGCUUCACCCUGCUCACUCCUGCAGUACCAUGAGGAUCCUGCUCAAGAAAGUCUUGUUUGCACUGUGUGCUCUGAAUGCUCUGACCACCGCUGUAUGCCUCAUGGCAGCUGCUCUGAGAUACCUGCAGAUCUUCACCACAAGAACCCCCUGCAUGGACGAACCAAGAGCCACAGUGGAAGAAGGAGAGGAGCCUGCUCAGGUCCCGGACCCAGAUGAGUUUGUGCCCCCAGCCCCUCCCCCCUCCUAUUUCUCCACUUUCUACUCAUACACACCACGCCUGGCCCGCCGGAUGCUUGGGGACAGUGUGAUCCCUCUCCCUCAUAUCUACGGGGCUCGGAUCAAAGGGGUGGAAGUCUUCUGUCCAUUAGACCCCCCACCUCCAUAUGAGGCUGUUGCUGGAAACUCAAGCAAUGCAGUCACUCAGGAAACAGAGAUUGAUAUGACAGAGCUUACUGUGAACACAACUACCACUCCUGAGGCAGGAGCCUCUCCUGAAGACACAAGUCCACAAAUGGCAUCAGCUUCAGCAGACAUCACGCUGCAGGCCAAGCCCCAGUCUCCUCAGCAGUCUCCUCAGCAGCCUCCUCAGCAGCCUCCUCAGCAGCCUCCUCAGCAGCAGCAGCAGCACGCUUCUGCAGUGACACCUUGGAGAAGAGCAAGGAUCCACCGCUCCAGCAGUGACCCUGUGCUGAUAGAACUCACUGCUAAAGUACGUAGCAGUGAUGCUCCCAUCACUCCUUCUCUUCAGACCACAGAUUCUUCCACCCAGACCUCCCAGUCCACACUGGCUGCCCACUCCCAGGGCCGGGUCACACUUCGACGGGGGAACAAUGGUAGCAGGAGGCCCCACCGGCCCCGACCCUCCUCCAUGGUGGACUACCAGAGCUACCAACACACACAGCAGCUGGUCAGGAAAAUCCUGGAGCAGCCUGCCGCCCAGGGCCUGACCCCUGAGGUUCAGGAGCUGGUGGACAGCAUACGAAAUGUCCUGCAGUCUGAUCAAGAGCACAUGGAAGAGGCUGUACGCUGUGCUAGCUACAUAGAACAGGUUUUCACUGAAUCAGAGAUGGGUCACUGUCAGCCACAGCCUCCCCAGCGGCAGCAGCAGCAGCCAGUGGAAGGGUCCUCCCAGACUUUCCCUCGUCCCCCCAGGAGAAGGCCUGGUCUGUUGCACCUGCGGAGCUGUGGAGACCUCAGCUCCUUCACCUGCUCUGCAAUCCAGUCUCUGGAACACAGAGGAAACAGCUCAAAACUGGGGUCAAGGGCAAGCUCUAGAGCUGGGUCAAGGGCAGGAUCAAGGACAGGGUCCCGCCAGGAUUAUCCUGAACGUCCUCACAGUCUGAUUGGAGUCUUCAGAGAGACAGCACUUUGAGGGAAAACUGAUAUUAAAAUAUGUAGGGUGGCGACAAUGGCUGAUUCCACCCUAUGGUUUAAAAAAAAAAAAAAAAGACAACCCAUGGACUGCAAAUUCAACAACUGAGGAGUGCGUGUGUGUGUGUCUGUGUGUGUGUGUGUGUGUGUGUGUGUGUGUGUGUGUGUGUCAUGUGUUAAAAUGAGUAUUUGAGUGUAGUUUUUUUUUAAAUAUGCUUAUGCUGUUUGUCACUCUUAAUUUGUAAAAUGGGCACCUUGUAUUGUCACAAAGUAUCCAGCAUCCAAAUGUUUUGUAUGCUUUCUAAACAUUUAUUGAAAUGUUAAUAUUGUAAUAAGUUUGUGCUCCAGUCAAUUGAAUACAGCUACUGAUCCUUUUA